UACAAUGCCAACCCUUUGUCUUCUAUACAAUCCCGGUAGCUCGCUACUUAAUCGAGUCCAGAACAAUGAGUAUAACGGAUAUCUUUUCGGUUGACAUUGCUCUUCGAACCGGGCAAAAUAACACCCAUGAGUCAUAUCUUUACUCUCAUUUGACAGGAGAUAAGAUCCAAGGAGUAGUCACUGUUCGUUCGCAUUGUGAUAUUCGUGUGGAUGGGAUCGAAAUAUCGUUUAUAGGAGAGGAACGUACAAGACUACAAACUGGAAAGGCCUACCGUCAAUUCCAGGAUCUCAAAUAUUUAAUUGAUGACUCAUGUUUUCCACCUGGGAAGCUCUUCAAGGAACGUCACAAAUAUCAUUUUGAAUUCACUUUCGAGGUGCCAGACCAUCUAUCUCCGGAUGUCUGCAACCAUAGGAUUACCAGCCCAGCCAUUCGACACGCUCACCUGCGGCCUCCCCCAAGCUUUGGUGAUCCCUCUGUAUCUGGCCUUGGAGGCAAGUUAAAGGAUGACUAUGCACCCCCAGAAUGCAAAAUCCUGUAUACCAUCCAAGCUGCUUUGUUUCGCAAUAUCCCCGUAAUAGAUAAGCGAGAUAUUCUCUUAGUACACAAGAUCAAAUUACGAGUCAAACCGGCAGUUGACGAAUGGCCGCCUUUAGAUCUUUUGAAUGGCGCGAAUGACUAUUGCUUAGAAGCAGAACGCGCAGUCGUCGAUAAUCGCUCAAAGAAAGAGCACGGCCAGUUGACUGUGACAUUGGAACCACCAAAAAGCUUUCGUCUUCCGUUACGGGAUCCUCACAGUUUGAUCAGCAGCACGGUCAAUCUGUUCUUGCAUUACCGAGUCACAGGGGAUCGGCCGGACUUGCCCCAGCUUCAGUCAUUUCGGGGACGACUCAUUGCUACUACUUUCUACACAAUAUCAUACUAUGAAGACGCACCAACCAAGAAGAAAGAUUUCUUUGGCAGACCGAAGAAUUACUCCGAAACACAAUUUCCGCCCUUCUCAUACUCUAUAGCAUCCUUGGACUGGGUACCCGCGGAAGACAACUGCUAUGUAGCAACACUGCUAGUGCCCAUCACAUUGCCGCGUCUGAACUUUAUUCCGUCUUUCCAUACCUGCCUUACUUCUCGUGUGUACGCCUUGGAUUUGCGACUGGUGGUACCCGGCGCUGCUCCAUUUUACCUCAAAGCACCUGUGCACAUUUACGCCCAGCGAGACCCAUCCGCGUUGCCAUCAUACAUCGCGACAGUGGGUUUCGAUUCCUGAAAUAGUUUAAUGGUUCCAAUCCGUGGAUUGGAAUGUAUCUAAUGACUUUACGUGCGUUACGAGAUUCAACCUCAUGUCAGCCUUUAUUUUAGCCGCUCAAACCGGCCAGAAGUGGUCUUUGCAAUGCGCUUUGUCCGUCGUCUUCAACUCGACCAGUUCAACACUAUAUAUAGCUGAUUUCC